AUGCAGUCUUGGAAGCGUGUAUGGCAACCCAGCUCCCCGCAACCCUUCCCGCAUUCUUACCACAAUAAGCUCUCCCCAGCUCUCUCCGCCCCGUCUGUCACAGACUCGGGCAAGAAGUCUAGCCCCCACCUGUUUUUUUCUGAAUCGAAAAAAAGGCUUGCUUCCGUCUCCAUUCUGCAGCUCAAACACGCGAAUCCCUCCCCGCGAAUCAACAUCCCGAUCCGGAAGCAGGGCCAACAAGCCAACAAGCUCUGUCAAAAAGGUAGGCCGCGAGGCACCGCACCGGGCGUGAUGCACCCCACCCACCGGGCCAGCGGCCUCUCCGGAGCGAGUCGCGUCCGGCGUCGUGAUCGUGCUGGCUCUGCGGCCGCAAGAGGCGCCCUCGUCCAUCGCGCUCGCGAUCCGGCGACCAUGGAUCCUGACGCGUGCCCGCUGAGCUGCAUGCCCGCCGGAAGCGGUAUCAUGCGCGCAUUGACGCCGCAGCUUUUCGCACUCGCGGUUUUUACAUGCACGGGCAUGCUCGCUCCUGGCUGGCUGGCUGGCUGGCUUUGUGGCUCGCUCGCGGACACGCGCGAUACCCCCAUCGGAGGUGCGGAGGGCGGCGGCGGCUCGCUCGCUGCUGGGAAAGCUCUUGGCCCCGUCUCAAUUGGGGCUCUGCGCCCGCUGUAUGCGCCGUGCAAGGCGUGGAUUCGACGAGGGCCCGAGGGAGAUCACGAUGCGCCCAACCGCACGCCGUGA